CGAAAAUCUGCCAUUGGCCAGGUGCAGUGGCUCCAGCCUGUAAUCCCAGCACUUUUGGAGGUCGAGGAGUGCUGAUCAUGAGGUCAAGAGAUCGAGACCAUCCUGGCCAACAUGGAGAAACCCUGUCUCUACUAAAAUACAAAAAAUUGGCUUGGAGUGGUGGCACGCACCUGUAGUCCCAGCUACUCGGGAGGCUGAGGCAGGGAGAAUUGCUUGAACCCGGGAGGUGGAGGUUGCAGUGAGCCGAGAUGGGACCACUGCACUCCAGCCUAGUGGUAGAGUGAAACUGGGUCUCAAAAAAAAAAGUCUGCAAUCAUAAUUAUUUACCGUUUAAUCUGGAAUUUAGUACUCUAUUCUAUUUUCAAAGCUACUAUAGGGUAUGCUGUCCUUUGUAGUUCCACUUUUAGCAGAAUUCAAUGUUUUUCUAACGGGUAUAGAUCUUUAUGCUUGAGACUGUGUGGAAACCAUGGACUUGAGCUCCACUCUCAGUUAUUUUUUGUAUUUGCUGAAACUUAAAUACAUUCUGUCCACCUAUAACAUGAUACCUGGUAUGUGAUAGGAACUCAAUAAAAGUUUGGCUGUGAUGGGAAUGUAUGUUUCUACAUUAUUUUUGGAGGGUAAUUAGGUAGUAUCUUUCAAAAUUUUAAGUUUGUAUGUGUUUCAUUCCAGACAUUCUACUUCUAGGAAUUUAGAUAUAGUUGUAUAUAUGUAUAAGGAUGUUCACAUUGCAGCAUUGUCUGUAACAAGAUUUGAAAAGAACCUGAAAACAACUAAAGGUCCAUUAAUAUUGAACUGGCUAAAUACGUUAUGGUACUUUUAAUUAUGUUACUCAUAAGCAAGUAAAUUGCCUAUAGCCAUUAAAAAAUAGGAUCUAUGUAUGCAUAAAUUGACUGGGAAACUCAGUGCUCAAGGUAUAUUGUAGAAUAUGUACAGUUACUCCUUUUGUAUAAAAAUAGAGGAUAUACAUAUAUGUGAAAGUAAAUAUGUAUACACAAUAUGCAAAAUAUGAAUGUAAGCACUGGUAAAUAUCUAGAAGAACACACAAGGAACCGGGGCUGGGGGCGGAUCGGGCAGAGGGACUUCCCUGUGCCUCACUGUUUGAAUUCUGAAGGGUGCAUACACGCCCUUAUUGAUCUGUGCUACCGGCCUCUGGCUAAAGAGGGCGCUGUAGCCAACAAAGUCCUGUUUACAAAUCAGGAGUCUCAGUAAGCCAGCGUGGUUACGCCAUCACGACAGGCGGUGGCACAUGCGCAAUAGCGAGAUGCUGGAACGCGGCGUAGGUGGCUGCCGAGUCUCUUCCGGUCUCGGGUCUUAUCUUGGCACUGAGGGCGCCCGACUUGCGCUUUCGGCCCGCUUGGCAUUGGGUGGGCGGCUUCUUGGAACCCACAUGAGCCAGUGGCAUCAUCCCCGCAGUGGCUGGGGCCGGAGACGCGACUUUUCAGGACGCUCCUCAGCCAAGAAGAAGGGCGGAAACCACAUCCCCGAAAGGUGGAAAGACUAUCUCCCAGUUGGACAGCGGAUGCCUGGGACUCGUUUCAUUGCUUUCAAAGUUCCUUUGCAAAAGAGUUUUGAAAAGAAACUUGCUCCAGAAGAAUGCUUUUCCCCUUUGGAUCUUUUUAACAAAAUCCGAGAACAAAAUGAAGAACUUGGACUGAUUAUUGAUUUAACAUAUACUCAACGCUGUUAUAAACCAGAAGAUUUGCCAGAAACUAUUCCUUACUUAAAAAUUUUUACAGUUGGACAUCAAGUGCCUGAUGAUGAGACUAUUUUUAAAUUCAAACACGCUGUUAAUGGGUUUUUGAAAGAAAAUAAAGAUAAUGACAAACUUAUUGGUGUCCAUUGUACUCAUGGUUUAAACAGGACUGGCUACCUCAUUUGCAGAUAUUUGAUUGAUGUAGAAGGCGUGAGGCCAGAUGAUGCAAUUGAAUUAUUCAAUAGGUGCCGGGGACAUUGCUUAGAAAGACAGAACUGCAUCGAAGACCUUCAGAAUGGUCCUAUCAGAAAGAAUUGGAAUUCCAGUGUACCCAGGUCAAGUGGUUUUGAAGACUCAGCACAUCUCCUGCAACCAGUCCACAAUAAGCCUGUUAAGCAAGGCCCUAGGUAUAAUCUACAUCAGAUCCAGGGUCACUCAGCUCCUCGACAUUUCCACACCCAGACCCAAAAUUUGCAACAAUCAGUCAGAGUCUCGCUCUGUCAUUCAGGCUGGAGUACAAUGACGCGAUCUCGGCUCACUGCAACCUUCACCUCCCAGAAAAUUUUCAGAGAAUCCACAUGUUUACCAGAGACGCCAUCUCCCUCCUCCUGGUCCCCCUGGAGAGGACUGUUCACACAGGAGGUACUCUUGGAAUGUGAAGCCCAAUGCCAGUCGGGCAGCCGAGGAUAGAAGAAGGUGGUAUCCUUACAAUUACUCCGGACUCUCCUAUCCAGCCUGUUGGGAAUGGACCCAGUGAUACAAACCUGUCCUGGAAUUCUACCUGGAGACCAGAGCUGGCCUGAAGAUUACUGGUGUGACUUUAAUUAGUUCAGGUCUAAUCAGGUUUCUUUAUUGUUCCCUUACGUAUUCAAGCUUAAGGAAAAAUUGCAUUGCUGUUUACUUCUUUGCUGAUAAAUUUGCAGUAAUUACAGCAUUGCAGGAAAAACAAUCUGUUAUUCCAGUCUUAAAUUUUUCUAAAAGAAGACAAUAUUUUAGAACUGAAGCAUUAAGAACCUCCCUUGCAAAUUAUUUUUAAAAUUCUAUCUUGUUUAUCUAUGUAUUUCUUUUUGACUAGACUUGUGAUAUGUGUGUGUUUAUGUACAGAAAUUUUUAGUGUUUUUGUUCUGUUAUUGACCCAAAGGCCAUCUUUAUUUGCUAUAACAGUUCAAAAUUUAUAUUAAAAUCUGCUUAGGACAUAA